AUGACAGUGGUGCCCGGAGAGAACCUGGAUGAGACUGUGGCACUGGCCGCGCUGUCAGCCCAGGAUGUGUACGACCCGGAGAGAGUCGAGAACCAGGAGUGCUGCGAGCGGGUGGUCAUCAACAUCUCCGGGCUGCGCUUCGAGACGCAGCUGAAGACACUCGCCCAGUUCCCCUCCACCCUGCUGGGGGACCCGCGCAAGAGGAUGCGCUUCUUCGACCCGCUGAGGAACGAGUAUUUCUUCGACAGGAACAGACCCAGCUUCGAUGCCAUCCUCUACUACUACCAGUCCGGGGGCAGACUCCGGCGACCCGUCAACGUGCCAGUGGACAUUUUCAUGGAGGAGAUUAAAUUUUACGAACUGGGAGAGGACGUGAUUGAGAAUUUUAAGGAGGAUGAGGGGUUUAUUAAGGAGGAAGAGCGCCCGCUGCCCGACAGCGAGUUCCAGCGGCAGGUUUGGCUCCUGUUCGAGUACCCGGAGAGCUCCGGACCCGCCAGGGGGAUCGCGAUAGUUUCCGUGCUGGUGAUCCUCAUCUCUAUUGUGAUUUUCUGCUUGGAGACUUUACCCGAGUUCAGGGAGGAAGCCAGAACGUUUGACGAGAAGCUGGCGGUGAACGGCACCGCGCGCGCAAAGAAGCCAAACCCGUUCACAGACCCGUUUUUCAUCGUGGAGACGCUCUGCAUCAUCUGGUUCUCCUUCGAGCUGCUGGUCAGGUUCCUCGCCUGUCCGAGCAAACCCGCGUUCUUUAAGAACAUCAUGAACACCAUCGACAUCGUGGCCAUCAUGCCCUACUUCAUUACGCUGGGGCUGGAGUUAGCAGAGCACCAGGGGAACGGACAGCAGGCCAUGUCGCUGGCCAUCCUCAGGGUCAUCCGCCUGGUCCGGGUUUUCCGGAUCUUCAAGCUCUCCAGACACUCCAAGGGACUCCAGAUCCUCGGGAAGACCCUGCAGGCCAGCAUGAGGGAGCUGGGACUGCUUAUAUUCUUCCUCUUCAUAGGGGUCAUCCUCUUCUCCAGCGCGGUGUAUUUCGCGGAGACCGACGACCCAGAGUCGGGCUUCAGCAGUAUCCCGGACGCGUUCUGGUGGGCGGUGGUGUCUAUGACAACGGUGGGCUACGGGGACAUGUGUCCUGUUACCAUCGGGGGUAAAAUCGUCGGCUCCCUGUGCGCAAUCGCCGGAGUGUUGACCAUCGCGCUCCCGGUGCCCGUCAUCGUCUCCAACUUCAACUACUUCUACCACCGGGAGACGGAGCACGAGGAGCAGUUCCAGUACACGCAUGUGACCUGUGGCCAGCAGCAGCCGCAGUUUGGGGAGUUCAAGAAGAGCGACAGCAAGCCGUCUCUGUCCAAGUCCGACUUCCUGGACAGCGAGGACGCGGACUCCAUCAAAUACACCAACUGCAGCCCGCACAAAGCCUACACCGGGAAGCUCACCGAUGUUUGA